CGCCCCAGCCUCUCCUGCUCAGCCUGAUAAAGACCCGGUUCCGAGCUGCUGAGGCCUGUCUGCACAAUCCAGGGAACCAGCACCAUGCCCAUGAUACUGGGUUACUGGAAUAUCCGCGGGCUAAGUCAUCCCAUCCGCCUGAUCCUGGAAUACACAAACUCCAGCUAUGAAGAGAAGAGAUACACCAUGGGGGACGCUCCCGACAUUGACAGGAGCCAGUGGCUGAAUGAGAAAUUCAAGCUGGGCCUGGACUUCCCCAAUCUGCCCUACCUAAUUGAUGGGAGUCACAAGCUCACCCAGAGCAACGCCAUCCUGCACUACAUUGCCCGCAAGCACAACCUGUGUGCAGAGACAGAAGAGGGAAGGAUUCGUGUGGACAUGUUGGAGAACCAGCUUAUGGACACCCGCAUGCAGCUCGUCAUGCUCUGCCAUGGCCCUGAUUUUGGCCUGGAGGAGAUCUCUGGCUACAUGAAGUCGAGCCGCUUCCUUCCAAAGCCUCUGUUUUCAAAGAUGGCCCACUGGGGCGACAAGUAGGAGCCUGCAAUGCCGGGAUGAGAGGAGGAUGGACCGUGGCCCUGUCUCUGCCCUGCAGCACAGCCUGCUCCUGCAUCCACGCCUCGCUUUCUCAUUCCUCUGCCCUUGCUACUCCCUUGUCCUCUGCAAGGCCUUGUCAGCUCCCUUUUCCUACCCAGCCCUUCCCCCGGUCCAGACUCUUAAGUGUCUCCUCCCACUUUUCAUUUUGGAAGUCCCCAUGUCCCUUCCUUGUGCCUGACCUGAAGUAGCCAGACAGUUCUUCUGAUGUGAGGAGGCUGCCUGACUCCGUGUUCCACCUGGCUGGUGUGGAUCCCGGCGUGCGGGCCUUGUUCCCUGUUGUGUUGGGUGCCCCAGCUGUGUGUGAUCCUCAAUAAAGCCUGAAAAACAAU